AGGUUCUUCAAUCGCCUGCAUACCUUGCGAGCAAACAUGUCGCUGUAUAUCUAAGCACGGAGACUGAACUGGACACGAAGUUCAUCAUUGAGGAUAUCUUCGCAACGGGCAGGCAUUGCUAUGUUCCACGAUACACGCUGAGUGCCAUGCACAUGCUCCGAUGCGAUAACGAAGCCGAAAUACAGGAAAUGCCGCUUACGAAAUGGAAUAUACGCCAACCCAAAGAGUACGACACUCAGCGAGACGCCUUUGUGAACAAAAAACUGGACCUGAUUAUUGUGCCGGGAGUUGCCUUUAGCACCAGCGGUGGGCGGCUGGGCCACGGCAAAGGCUACUACGAUAAGUAUCUCAGCCAGUGCAAAACCCAGGAAGAGACGAGUCGCGUGCAAACCCUGGGGUUGGGUUUGACAGUGCAGCGGAGAGUGGAUAUACCGUUAGAUCCGCAUGACGUGCCUAUUGAUUUCGUUAUAUUUCCUAAAGAGGAAGGAGGGGAUGCGAGAGUUCCGUCUGCGACUAGUUGAUAGGGAUUCCGGAUGCCACCACAACCGUUAUGGGCUUAUGCAGCGCAUAGACCUCGUGCGGCACAAACUACUCCGACCAGGAUCGGACCAAGCAUAAACGCGGGUAGCAGAGUGUAGUGUGCUGAAGGACCCUUCUUGGUAAAGGUCGUAAACGAGUGAAUCAUGUUGACUGGGUGUAUAAACCCAUUUGGACUUAUUAUCUGAUACAGAUACAUGUCAUAAAGUAGGUAGCAUAAAUCUGAUACAGAUAUAUGUCAUAUAGUAGGUAGCAUAUAUCUGAUACAGAUAUAUGUCAUAU